AUGGAACUAGAUCCAGGUCCUACCGAUCGAUCUAUAUUGUAUGCACAAGCUCGACAUCGAUCCGAAUUAGUUUGGCAAGGUCAAUGUAAUGAGGAGUUGCAUUACCAACGUAGAGAGGCAGUAUUGAAUCGCUCCAUCUCGCUCCAUCCUCUAAUUAAGCAUGCAUUACGUGCUUUUGGAUUUUACGGGUUUGCUAGAGUGAAAUUCAUCCAAUUAGAUUGGCAUUUGAUAACCGCGCUUGUAGAACGAUGGAGGCUGGAGACUCAUACAUUCCAAAUGCCGGAUGGAGAGUGUACCAUCACUCUACAGGAUGUAGAGGUGCAACUUGGGUUACCAGUAAAUGGUGAGCCCCUUAUCGGUCCCAUUAAUUAUGAUUGGAAAGGCAUCGGUCAACAAUUACUUGGGGUGACUCCAGAUGAUCGACACAUCAGAGGUUCUAGGUUGAGUUUACCUUGGCUAGCUUCUCAAUUUUGUAACCUGAACGAUGAUGCAGAUGAGGAAACCAUUGCCAGAUACGCACGUGCCUAUAUUAUGCAGCUUAUCGGUAGUAGCCUAUUUGCCGACAAGUCUAACAACUUGGUGCAUUUGAUGUUCCUUCCACUGCUAUCAGAUUUUGGGGUAGCUGGACGUUUUAGUUGGGGUGGAGCAUGUUUGGCAUGGUUGUACCGAACUUUGUGCAAAGCGUGUCGCUCUGACUCACGUGACAUUGUCGGCCCAAUUAUACUUCUUCAAGUAUGGUCUUGGGAUCGGUUUCCAACGAUGGCUCCACAACAUCGUCACAUCUCCAAUCACGAGCUUGUGGAUCUACCAUUAGCUGCCCGAUGGAGGGAUCAAUUUUGUGUUACAGAAGUAUCUACACAUAUUUUGAUCCAAUUUAGAUACAUGUUGUACAUCUUGUCCCCUUGUUUGAUAAUCUGGGAGCCAUAUAGUAAGGAAUUUGCAAGCUUACCUGACUACUGUAUCAGUGGACAUGAUGUAUGGUGCACUAUGUAUAACGUGUCUACUCCAGCUCGUGGCCCUAGGCUUAGAGGACGUCGUCAAGUAGAUCAAGAUGCUCCAAUAGAGCUUGACGAUCCUGUACCUGAAGUUAUCUAUCAUAACGUCGAGGACAUUCCACCGUUUACACAGACACAAGAUGAUGCAGGUUCAUCGACGCCUAUGUUCAUGAUACCGACUCCUGGUUCAUAA